UAAACCUCUGCGGCCCAUUAAACCCCCUCUUCUGCCACAAAAAAUAAACCUCCCCGCCGCGGCGCCGCCAUCGCCAACACCGCAAUCUCUUAUUCUCACAAAUGGGGUUCUUUGACUUGAACAUACCCUACCGCGAAUCUGACCGCCAUGCCAUCGACAAACCGUCCCUGAGAGGACGCCGCCUGAAGCUCGCCCUUAAAGCCAUGGAGCUCGGCUACACCGGCAUCGCUUACAGCCGCACCCUCACAGGCGUCAUGUCGGAAUCCGAUCGCUGCUCCAUCGUUCUCUUUCCCAUCUCCACACUCUGCCCGUCCUCCUCGUCUUUCUUCGCCUCCGUCAAGCUCCACCGCGACCUUCUGAAUGUCGCCGUUACGGCCCCCUUCCGCCAGUACACCCGCCUCACCGUGGUCGUCACUAAUUCCGCGCAAGCUUUGGCCCUUAAUUCCGGCAACCCUAUACUGCGGAGCUACGACAUCGUUGCCGUUAGGCCUACGAGACAAGAUGCAUUUGAUCAGGCUUGUCAAACAUCGGAGGUGGAUAUGAUCUCUAUUGAUUUCUCGAAGAUGGACUCAUUUAGCUUUAGGUUAAAGCAGCCGAUGGUCAAAGCUGCAAUUAAGCGAGGGUUGUACUUUGAGAUCACAUACUCUGAUCUGUUUGCUGAUGCAGAAUCAAAACGAAAAAUGAUAUCCAAUUGCAAGCUUCUUGUUGAUUGGACUCGAGGGAAAAAUCUAAUUAUAUGUAGUGAUGCCGCUUCUGCAACUGAACUUAGAGGGCCUCAAGAUGUAGCAAAUUUGUUCUUUUUGCUGGGACUCCCUAGAGAACGUGCUAAAGCAGCUAUCUCCUCGAACUGUAGAUCUCUCCUAGCUAAGGCAAUAAGGAAAAAACAUUUUUACAAAGAGGCUGUUAAGGUUGAAGAAAUACCAUCUGGUGGACAAUUCAAUCCAGCAAAAUCUGUGUUUGAUGAUUGGCUUAACUGGGACCCUAUUUCUAGUGGUCAGGGAGAUGUGCUAUUGGAUGACAUGGAGAAGUCUUUUGCCAUUUCGAAAACUGUAAAAGAAAAUGUGAAAACCAUCAACUUCACCUCAAAUUUGAAUGGCCUGCCUGCACAUGGUUUGCAGAUCAAAGAUCUGGUAUCUGUGAAAAAGGCAGCUUUGGAGCCACCUGAUGCUGAUAAACAUGCUCUUCCUGUCAUGGAGACUGAGGGGGAUGAUUCAGAUGUAAAGCUUGAAGAGCAGGUUGGUCCUAAUACUUUGCAUGAAGAACAACACAGCCUACUGAAAAAUGAAAGCAGUCUUAGUAAUUUGAGUAAUGAUCAUGGGGGAGUUGUUGAACUGCCUGAAGGUCAAAUGCCACCAUCUGGUGCCAAAAAUAUUUAUUCUAACUUUGACUGUGAAGAUUCUGAAGUUCCCUUAGGUAAUGCCACGGAAGCCAAACUUGCUUGUCUGCCUCUUCCAGGACGUGAUCAAGUUUCCAUUGAUGUUGCAAAGAGGGAAUAUCAGAUUUCAGGUUUGGGAGACUCGUUACUGUUGUCUUUGCCCACUUUCAAUGUCAAGUCUGCUGAUUCUGAAGAAAUUAUACAGACCUCAAAUGACAUGGAACAAAAUACUGUUGCAUCUGAUACCCAAUUACAAGAUGCCCCAUCCCCUGUCCAUCAAGGAACCUGUUUACAUGGUGGUGGACAAGAUCAUGUUACAAAGAUCAAUAUGUUUACUACUGACAAUCAUGUUUCUAUUGAACUUUAUAAUCCCUUAAGUAAAUCUAGUUCAUCUAUCUUUCCAUUAGAACCCGCUGUAGAAAAUCUAUUAGAAAUGGGUGUGUGUGCACAUGAAGGUAACAAAAUGGACAAACUUCUCAACAAAAAUGACAUUGGAAACAUGCAAGAGCAUCCCUUGGCACCACCUCACAUCUCCUAUAAAGAUGGUUCUGUUGAUGGAGGACGAUGUAGUAAAAUGACUGAUAGUUGUAUUAAGUUUGGUGAUGGGUUGCCUCUAGAGGUGUCUUCACAUGUGACAACCAAUUUUGAUGAGCCAACAAAUGAUGAUAUUAUGGUUGAGUUGAAGCAGAUAGAUUCAAUCACUGAAUGUCAGGGCUUUGCUAAAUCUCAAGGAGGAAUGAAUAAAAGAAAACGAAAGUCACCUCAUCAACCUUUCUUGUUUCCAUUCAAGCGAUAUAUGAAAGCCAAGCCUUUCAAGAAGAAGCCCAAAAAGUAAAAGACCAAGCUAGUAUGUAAAAUUAUCUCAUAGAUUUACUUAUUUUUUGUACCACACUUGUGAUGUAGGGAUUGCUUCUCAAGGUUUAACGGAAACAGCUUAGGCAUUGAAUUAUUGUAUAUAGUGUUGAGUCAUGUUGGGAGAUGUUUCUUUCUCUGUGUAUAUCUUGAGUUUUGCAACUUUUGCCUUUGGUUGUUCAGCUUAUUCUCACCAAACAAAAGCAGUGAUAAAGGCUUGUAAUGUUACCUCAACUUAUUUUUCUGGCAUUCAUAUUGUAAAAUUUGUGAUA